AUGUCUUCCUCAAUUAGUAAUCUCGCAGCUGUAACCUCCAUAGCUUACACACCAUCCAAAAUUACGAAUGAGCGAAAUUCCGAGGACCGUCCGAAAAUAACCAAGUAUGAAUUACUGGAAAAGCUGGGCCAAGGAAGUUACGGGGAAGUCUUCAAAGCGAGAAAUAAAGAAAGCAAUGACUUAGUUGCCUUAAAAAGAAUGCCAAUUGGGGACGAAGGGGAAGGGAUACACCUCUCAACUAUACGGGAAAUCAAUAUUCUUAAACAACUGAACCAUAAGAAUAUCAUCCCCUUACGUGAUGUUGUUGUUGAUUCAGGCUUACUGCAUAACCCAAACGUACAAUUAACUGCGCAAGAUAUCAAGACAUACCUAAAACAAUUAUUAGAAGCAACAGCGCAUAUGCAUCAAAGCCGCAUCCUUCAUCGCGAUAUAAAAGCUUCUAAUAUCUUAAUCAACAAUGACGGUAUUUUACAGAUUGCCGAUUUUGGUCUUGCACGGGAUAUGGAUAACGGUGAUGAAGAGUAUACCAAAUCUGUUGUUACUAGAUGGUAUAGACCACCAGAGUUGAUUCUUGGUGAAGGGCGAUACACCAGUGCAAUUGACAUGUGGGGCGUUGGAUGUGUUUUCGGCGAGCUGAUAAAAUCGAGGGCUAUAUUACAAGGACAAGACGACCUUGAUCAAUUAAAAAAAAUAUUUAAUUUGUGUGGCUCGCCCAAUCAAAAAAACAUGCCUAACUGGCACAAAUUACCAGAUGCUAGGAAGACCCGGUUUAAAAAAACUGUGAGACGUGUUCGACGUGAAUAUUCCAGUUUUGAUCCUCUUGCUGCAGACCUCUUAGACAAGCUACUAGUUCUUGACCCCAAAAAACGAUCAACAGCUUUAGAAGCUCUUGACCACAAUUAUUUCUCUUCCUCGCCUUUGCCCACAAACCCUGCCAAUCUUCCCAAAUAUGAAUCAUCACAUAAUUAUGAUCGUCAUAGAAACAAGAAACCUCGACAUGAUUAG